AUGGGGAAAAAGAAGGAUCAAGCAAAUGAAGAAGAUACAACGGAUUCUCCUGUGAGUCACAAGAAACACAAAAAGCACAAGAAGAAACACAAAAAGAGAAAAGAAGAAGAAGAAACUAGUCCAGUCACUCAUUCAAAUUUACUAUCAGACAGUAAACCGUCCAUUAAGUUAAAGAUUCGUCUCGGGGGAGAAACCUUAUCAUCCAAAAAGUUUGUACUGAAAGAUGAUAGCAAUGUUUCAGUCGCUGCUUUUCCCUUAACGACUACAUCUUCCUCAGUUUCCCGCACGACUAAACCAGUCGUUAGCAAAGUGGCAACUGUAGCUAAGGAGGAACAUAUCGAUGUUGAAGUUGAUGAUACACAGCUUCCAGAUCCUCUUGCAUCUGCCAUCCACCCUGGUUUCCUUGACCCCAACAGUAUCAUCUCUGGCAUCCUGGCACCAAGUAUCUACCCUUGGGCAAAUCAGGAAGAUGCUGAAGAAUCUUUAGAACCUGAAGAGAACAAAGAGGAAAUUUCUAAUGAGGAACAAGCAUGGUUAGAUGCACUGGAAGCAGGAGAACUUGAUGAUUUUGGAGAAAUUCGAAAACCAAAAGACCCUAACCUUCUCACAGCCAGACAGAGAGCUUUACUCCAUGGGAAGCAAGAACAGGAAUUGUUAGAGCUGCCCACAGGCUACAAAACAGUAGAACUCACAGAGGAACAAAUUCAACGGCGCCAACAAAGAGCAAAGAAACGGCGCCAACAGGCACAGGAAAAACGAGAAAAGGACAAAAAACAAACCCUGGAACGACUCUUAAAGAAACAAGAAACAAAAUCAAAGGGACCAAAGAUAAAAAGUAGCAAAAGAUUAGAAAUUCCACGUUACCGGUAUGUCAACGGCGUGUCCGGAAUCUUUAUUUCCAUGCCUUUUGGAUUUGAUUUCCCUGUCAGCACAGUGCCAAUUCAAGAACCCUCCAAGGUGCCUAUGUGUGGUGUACGGAACUGCACCCAACCAAAGAAAUAUUCCUGUUCCAAGACAGGAGUACCACUUUGCAGCCUCCAGUGCUAUAAGAAAAACUUGCUUAUUCAUAAGCUUGUAAUGUAA